AUGCUUAUGGCCCGAGACACGGCGCGGGAUGAGGCUCAAAAGCUACACAGGAAGUGGCUGAAGCACCAGGCCUUUAUGGCAGAGCUGGCCCGCAAUAAAGAAUGGCUGGCCAAGAUAGAACAGGAGGGUCUGGAGCUGAUCCAGGAGAAGCCGGAGCUGCGUCCGGUGGUCCAGCAGAAGCUGGAGGAGAUCAGAGAGUGCUGGUCCGACCUGGAGAGCACCACCAAGGCCAAGGCACGCCAGCUCUUUGAAAACAACAAGCCCGAGCCGGCGGUGAAGAGCUACUCGGACCUCGACAACCAACUCUCCCAUCUGGAGCAGCAGCCCCCUCAGCUGGAGCAGGCGCACCACCUGCCCACCUUCAAUGAGCAGCUGCAGAAGUUUCAGGCUAUGGAGUCUCAGAUAGGGGACUUUUACAAGGAUGUGGGGGAGCUGGGAAGCUUGCAGGGGGUCUGCCUACCCCAGCGAGGGCUGAUGGCAGGUGACAAGGGAGGCGGCGAGCAGUCAGCCAUGGUGGAGACGCGCAUCGUCCGCCUCAUUGAGCCCCUGAAGGAGAGACGCCGCAUCUUGCUGGCUUCCAAAGAGAUGCACCAAGUCGCCCAGGACCUGGAGGAUGAGAUACUGUGGAUUCAGGAGAGGCUUCCCCUGGCCUCCUGUAAGGAUUAUGGGAAUAACCUCCAGAGUGUACAGCAGCAUGUAAAGAAGAACCAGACACUCCAGAGGGAUCUGACCGGGCGCCGUGCUCGUGUGGAGGAGGUUCUGGAUCGGGCGGGCAUCAUCGCUUCACUGAGGACUCCUGAGGUGGAGUUUGUACGUGAAGGCGCGGGUCACGUGCGCCAGCUGUGGGAAGUUUUGCAGCUGGAGACGGAGAGGAGGUCUGUGAUGCUGGACGCCAUGAUGCAGUCUCAGCAGUACUACAGCGAGGCAGCUAAAGUGGAGUCCUGGCUGUCCGGUCAGAAGCUCUAUCUUGUCAGUGAGGAAAAAGGCACGGAUGAGGUGAGCACCCUGCAGCUGCUGAAGGCCCACCUGGCUCUGGAGCAAACAGUGGAGACAUAUGCAGAGACAGUCGGCAUGUUAUCCCAGCAAUGCCAGCGCCUACUGGAAAUGGGACAUCCAGACAGUGAGCACAUCACGAAGCAGCAGUCCCACAUAGAUCGGCUGUACGUGUCUCUGAAGGACAUGGUAGAGCACAGGAAGACCAAACUGGAGCAGCAGUACUAUCUAUAUCAGCUCAACAAGGAUGUAGAGGAGUUGGAGAGGUGGAUCACUGAGCGCGAGGCCGUGGCCAGUUCCACCGACCUGGGCCAUGACCUCGAGGACGUCACGGUGCUCCAGGAGACGUUCACCAAGUUUGCCGCAGAAACCAACAACAUCGGCCAGCGGCGCAUGGAGCAGGUGAACAAAAUGGUGAACGAGAUGAUCGACUGUGGCCACACGGACGCGGCCACCAUCGCUGAGUGGAAGGAUGGACUGAAUGAGUCAUGGGCGGACCUCCUGGAGCUGAUGGAGACCCGCCGACAGAUGCUGGCAGCUUCGCACCAGCUGCACAAGUUCUUCACCGACUGCAAAGAGGUCUUGGCUCAGAUCGCAGGGAAGAUGAAGCAGUUGCCAGAGGUGAGGGCAUGCCAGGCCAACAUCACCAAUCCAGCCACCCUGCAGAGACUCAUGCACUCCUUUGAGCAUGCCCUUCAACUGCUAGUGGCACAGGUGAGGCAGCUCCAGGAGAACGCCGCCCAGCUGAGGACUAUCUAUGCUGGUGAGAAGGCUGAGGCCAUCAUGGCCAAAGAGCAGGAGGUGAUGGAGGCGUGGAAGGAGCUGCUGAGCUCCUGCGGGGCUAGUCGUGUCCAGGUUACUUCAGUGACCGAUAAGGUGCAGUUCUUCUCGGUAGUGCGUGAAAACCUGAUGUGGAUGGAAGGCAUCAUGGGCCAGAUAGGAUGGGAUGAGCCCAGGUGA